AUGUCCACUGCCAUCACACGACCCAUCAAAAAGCUCCUGGUUGCAAACAGAGGAGAAAUUGCAAUUCGCAUCUUACAAUCAGCUCGAGAAUUACCAGAUCCACCUGAGACAUUUGGUCUCUAUACAUCUAAUGAUUCGACACACAUCACCCUAGGUCGACCAGAUCAUGCAUUAGAGAUCCCCUCGCCAGCAACAUACAUGGACAUCCCCACACUAGUGCAACUGGUAAAGGACAGAGGCAUUGAUACCAUACAUCCCGGCUAUGGGUUCCUGAGUGAAAGCGCCGAGUUUGCUCAACAAAUGUGGGAGCAAGCAAAUUGUAUGGUAAUCGGGCCUGGACACAGCAUCCUCAAAACCACUGGAGAUAAACUGGAAGCCAAGAAACUUGCUGCUCAGUACAAUGUACCCGUGUUACAAGCAAUGAAAAAGCCAUCUGAGAACCUCGAGGACGUCAGAGAAUUUGCAAGCAAAGUAGGCUUUCCGGUCAUGAUCAAAGCCGCAGACGGUGGAGGAGGCAGAGGGAUCAGAUUAGUCAACUCAGCAGCAGAAUUGCAAACAGCAGUACAGAGAUGUAUCGCUGAAAGCCCCUCGGGAAAGGUGUUCGCAGAAAAGGCAGCCGUGAAUGGCUUCAAGCACAUCGAAGUCCAAAUCGUUGGUGAUGGGAAAGGUGGUGUCAAGCAUGUUUGGGAAAGAGAUUGCAGCAUGCAACGACGCUUCCAGAAGAUCGUCGAGGUCGCACCUGCCGUUGUGGAAGAUCGAAGUACUGUGGCCCAGGUCAUCGCGGCUGCGAUCCGCAUGGCACAAGGAAUCGACUAUCUUGGUCUGGGAACUUUCGAGUUUCUGGUUAAUGUCGACAAGAAGGAGUUCUACUUUUUGGAGAUUAAUCCAAGGAUCCAGGUCGAACACACAAUCAGCGAAAGUAUAGCUGGUGUCGACUUAGUACAUGAGCAACUUCUGCUCGCUCAAGGAUUGACAGAUCAUACCACCGAGCUGCCCAUUACAGCAAACACGAAACCGCCUUCCAAGUUCUCUGUACAGCUAAGAUUGUGCGCCGAGGACCCGCAUGCCGACUUUUCACUCAGCACUGGCAAGAUCACACAAGCAAGAUUCCCGAAUGGAAAUGGUGUUCGAGUAGACACACAUAUCGUACGAGGUGCUGUGGUAGGAUCAGACUUUGACAAUCUCCUAGCGAAGAUCAUUGUCACAGCAUCGAGCUGGCCAAGAGUGGUGGCCAAAGCACGCCGAGCACUCGAAGAUACAGAAGUCGUUGGCGUAAAAACCAACUUGAGUCUACUUCGAGCGGUUGUUGCAGACCAAGCAUUCGAGAGUGGCACAGCGGACAAUCGAUGGCUUGAGGAAAACAUCAAGAGGUUGCUAGCAACUGGCGAGAAGAUCGGUGAGGGUAUACAGAGUCUGAACGCCGGCUUACCUGCUGUAGAUGAUUCUUCAGAUCGACCAAGCAGUGGAGGUGCAGCUGAAGGGGCAAUGUUACGGAAGGGUGACGCAUGGUCUCUGAGCCUGUCCCCAGUCGAAGCGUCGAGAGAAGAGGCACCACAAAAUCAUCAUCUGAGGAUCGAGAAGAUUUUGAGGAAUGACUUCCCAGACUCGCUAUCGGCUGUUGUCACAUUCAGCACGUCAGGUGCGGGAUCGCAAACAUUUCAGAUGUCACUUGAGAGCACGAGUGCAUCUCAAGCCGCAGUCGAUUCAAGGCACAAGAAGGGCGAUGCAAAGAACAAGGCGCAUAUCAUAUUGCCGAUGAAUGGAAAGCUGGUUGAGAUGCUUGUCGAAGAAGGAGAAGAGGUGGAAGAAGGACAGGUGAUUGCGUUCGUACGGCAGAUGAAGAUGGAGCUGGAAGUGCGAAGUCCGAGAUCAGGGACAGUGACGUGGACUUUGGAAUUAGAAGACGAAGAGGGUGACGACGUAGAGCAAGGAGUCUUGCUCGCGGUGUUGAGAGAUGAACAUGCCACGAUCUCGAGGGUGUCAAAGCUUUAG